CAAAAACCAGUUGCGAAUUAAAUUCUGCAUAGAAAAGUACUCAAAAUGAAACAGUUUAACGGUAAAUUAGUGAUUUUGUGCGUAGCAUUAUUGGGAAUAUGUGAAGCUACACCUUUGGUUGAGGACAAGGAGUUCUCCUUCGGCGGCUGGCCAGGAAGUUUAGAUGACAAUACCGAUUACUAUGUGAGCAGUAAGAAGGUCUCCUGGUUUGCUGCCAACUACUAUUGCUUCUCUAAAGGCUGGGAGCUGGUAUCGCCUGAAAAUUUCCAGGCACUCACCUUGCUGAAAGGUUUUCGCGAAUUAUAUGAUGUCACCGGCACCACUUACUGGUCUGCUGGUAACCGUUUGGAUGGCAGCAGCUGGGUUUGGGGACUUAAUGAUGGUGGCUCAAAGUUCUCCAUAACCAAUUGGAGUUCCAAUGAACCAAAUGGCAAUUACACGGAUAAAUGCUUACUGAUUGAUAAUUCGGCCGAGUCUUUGUGGACCAAUGCUGAUUGCGCUGCUAAAUACAAGUUUAUCUGUCAGAAGUACAAGGCAACUACGAAAACUGCGAAAUGCAAGGAGAGUAUUUUCUAAGCGCAUAAAAUUAUUAGCCCAGCUCUUUUGUAACUGUUUAUGAUGAAGGACGUAAUGUUGGAGGACUUAACUUUUUUUAUUAAUUUUUUUUUGUCGCAAUUUUAAAUCUGUAAAUAUAAAAAACUUAAU